CACGAUGUGACUUGUACCAUUCAAAGAUGCUGGCAACAAGAUUGUUUGCGGGAUCGCGACUCGCAUUCCAACCGCUCAGUACACGCGCCUUCUCGUCGAGCCCGACCAAUGCCAACCUGAAGCUCGCCUACGACUUUUACGAGGCCGAGAAGCCUGACGCCAAAAAGGAUCCGAUUGUCUUCAUCCAUGGCCUCUUUGGCUCCAGGAAGAACAACCGGAGCAUGAGCAAAGUGUUUGCUCGUGAUCUCAACCGUCCCGUCUACGCCAUUGACUUGCGCAACCACGGCGAAUCGCCUCACGAUCCAAGACACGACUACACUGCUCUCGCUGAGGAUGUCGAAGGCUUCUUACAAGAGCACAAAAUUGAGCGUCCUGCGCUGAUCGGCCACUCCAUGGGCGCCAAAACAGUCAUGGCAGUCGCACUACGUGGCAAGGUGAAGAUCUCGAGUUUGAUCCCUGUCGACAAUGCACCAGUCGACGCAGCCUUGAAGAGCGACUUUGGAAAGUACAUCCAGGCCAUGCGCAAGAUCGAAGACGCAAACAUACAGAAGCAGUCCGAGGCUGAUGCCAUCCUGGCCGAAUUUGAACCGAAUAUUGGUGUGCGCCAGUUCCUCCUGACCAACCUCGCCCGUGGCAAGGACGGUAUCCAGAGGUUUCGCAUACCUGUCAAGUACCUAGCAAGCGCUCUCGAUAACAUGGCCGACUUCCCCUUCAAGGACCCUGAAGAGGCGCGAUGGGAGGGUCCAACUCUGUUCGUUAGAGGAACAAAGAGCCAUUAUGUGGCAGACGAAACACUCCCAAUCGUUGGGAGAUUCUUUCCUACUUUCAAGGUCGCAGAUGUUGAUAGCGGACAUUGGGUCAUCAGCGAGAAGCCUCAAGAAUUUAGAGACGCCGUGGUCGACUUCUUGCAAGACGCAGAAUAGUAUUGUAUAUAAAAGCUGAAUCAUAUCAAGCUUGUUUCCAAAUCAAAUAAAGUCGUUCGAGCGGAAGUGUCGAGAAGAUGUGUUGUGCGUGGUAUCAUAAAACUGAAAUUGGAAAAUUCGGAAGGCUUUUGACGAUUCUUUUUUUGCCAUGAAAAGUAGCUAACAC